CGGAGUAAUGAGCAUAGUCGAACGUCCACUGAGUGGAAGUUGAGUAAAGAGCAAAAGCGAUUAGUUAAGAUUGCUGGAUUCAAGUACUUACGCCUUAUAGGGCAUUUCCAAAUGGAUUGGUGUCUAUUGACAGCAUUGGUGGAUAGGUGGCGAAAUGAGACUAAUACAUUUCACAUGCCACGAUUUGAGAUGACUAUAACUUUGGAAGAUGUGGCAUAUAUUUUGGGUCUUAGAGUAAUCGGGAAGGCUGUUACUGGGAAAAUGUACAAGGAGGCUGAGGAUAUACUAGGCAUGGUACUUGGACAACAUCCCUCAGAUCCUACCAACACGAAGGCUCUACGGAGUGGUUGUGUGAAGCUAACAUGGUUGAGGAACCAAUUUUCCAAGCUGCAAAGCAUUGCUUCUGAAAUAGAUGUUAUUCGUGCUACCCGGGCAUAUUUGUUGCAUCUUCUUGGAACUACCAUAUUUGCUAACACAUCCGGAAAUAUGGGCAUUGAUGCGUGCCUCAAGGAAGAACACUGCUAAUAUUGGAGGUUCAAUGACCCUAUUUACAGUAUGGGCUUAUGAGCGCCUAGGGGUUGGUAGACCAGAUGUUGUUCGCCUAUGUAGGCCUUUCCCCCGAGCUGUUAGAUGGAAAUGCCGGCGCAGAACUGACAACAUUCAUAAUUGCUAUAGACCGUAUCGGCAAGAGCUUGAUCAACUUAAGGAAUGCGAGUCAGAAAGAUCUGCACGGAAAGCAACUGUACUUCAAAUGGCCACCAUUUAUACUGUUUUUGGUGGAACCCUGCUAAAUAUUGGGAUCACAGUUAGCAGCCUAGAUAGCCAAGUAAUAGCAAACGGAUCUUUCAUUGGAGCUGGUAAGUUUAUCAUGUUUAUUUCGCAUUCUCUAGAUAAGAAUUCAGUAUCAGAUUAGCCAUUUCUCUGAUGGUAGGUCAUAAUAAACUAUUCUCCCCUCUCCCACCCCAAAAAUUACCCCCCUCAAAAAUAAUUUGCAGGUGUUUUCUUCGCACUAUUAAUUAGGUCCAUGCAAAGAGUGAAGAAGCUUGA